AUGGCAGGAGAUUUAAAAAGCUGUCUGAAGAAAGCCUCUUUUCUCGAACAGACUCCUCUGCCGCAGCCCUUGCCCAACGACCUGACCCAAAAGGGGAUAUUUUUUGAUGUCCAGUCAACUACGCCUGUUGACCCAAGAGUUCUCGAUGCCAUGCUUCCGUUUUACACAUCGGUAUUUGGGAACCCACACUCUAGAACACAUAGGUACGGGUGGCAAGCAGAGGCUGGAGUUGAAAAGGCCAGGUCCCAAGUUGCCUCUCUGAUCGGAUGUGAUCCAAAGGAAAUAAUAUUUACCAGUGGAGCAACAGAAAGCAACAAUUUAGCGCUCAAAGGGGUUUCUGAAUUCAAGCUCAAGGAGGGAAAGCCUGUCCAUAUAAUAACACUGCAGACAGAGCAUAAGUGUAUUCUCGACACAUGCAGGAACUUGGAAGAGAGUGGUGUGAGAGUUACAUAUCUUCCGGUUGGAAAGGACGGAGUGGUUGAUAUUGAGGACAUUAGGAGAAAUAUAACAAAGGAUACGGUGUUGGUGUCUGUAAAUGCGGUGAAUAGUGAAAUAGGAACCAUCCAGCCUCUAAAGGAGAUAGGAAAGCUGUGUAAGGAAAAGGGGAUUUUGUUCCAUACUGAUGCAGCACAGGGGGCAGGAAAGAUCAAAAUCGAUGUUAAUGAAAUGAAUAUAGACCUUCUAAGCAUGUGUGCCCAUAAAAUCUACGGCCCAAAGGGGAUAGGUGCCUUAUAUAUUAGGCGAAGGCCUAGAGUCAGGAUGAUCCCACUGAUCAAUGGAGGGGGCCAGGAAAGAGGGCUCCGAAGUGGAACUGUUGCAUCUCCUCUGGUUGUAGGGUUUGGAAAAGCUGCAGAAAUAUGCUCGAAGGAGAUGAGAAGAGACUUUGAGCACAUCAAGAGGCUUUCAGAUAAGUUGAAGAACAUGUUUAAGAAGAACAUCGAAGGAGUAAUCAUCAAUGGAUCUGAGGAUGGAAACCCGGGGUGUGUGAAUGUAUCAUUUCCAUUUGUUGAAGGAGAAAGCCUUCUUAUGUAUCUCAAAAACAUAGCCUUGAGUAGUGGAAGUGCCUGUACUUCUGCUUCACUGGAGCCAUCUUAUGUUCUGAGGGCAUUGGGCAGAGAUGACGAGCUAGCCCACUCCUCAAUAAGGUUUGGAAUUGGAAGGUUUACACUGCCACAGGAGGUUGAUGUGGUAGCAAACAAGACCAUUGAGGCCGUUAAGAGGCUGAGAGAAAUGUCUCCUCUCUACGAGAUGGUUAAGGAAGGAAUAGAUUUAAGCAAGAUCAACUGGAGCUCGUAG